ACCCCAGGUGUUCCUGUUUUCCACGUCUUUGUCCCCGGAACUUGCACUCACUCCUGGGUGUCCGCUAGGGCUUUUUUUUUUUUUUUUGCUCGCAUCUGGAUCCCAGUACGACUUAGCAUACAGUUCAGUGUCCCGUCUUACAGAAACCACGGCCUCCUCAAGUUUGGACAGAAAGAAAAGAAAAGAAAGAAGAAAAAAACACUUUUUCCUCUCCACUCGUCUUGCUCUCUCCUCUCUCUUGGUUUACAGUCAAACAGUCGUCGAAGUUGUGAAGCAGUGACUUUGUGUGAUUCGGAAAAUCUUUGCCCCGCAGUAAGAAAAGUUUUACGUGUUUUUAAAACUGUUUUUAAAUACUUUCUUCGUGUUUUAUACGAUUGAGUCUGGCACUCGACAUUAACAUUACAGCAAAGUUUUUGCUGUCGACGUUUUAGUAGAUUUUAAGGUUAUUUUUUUGGUAUUUUCGGUGUUUUUUCCCCCCUCACUCAGAAGUUGCCUGAGCUGCUGUGAAUGAAGUAUCUGUCUCCAUGAGGAAACUCGGCGUGGGAGUCGCUGAAACUUUGUCCUAACUUACACACACCUGAGCGACUUUUUUUUAUUGUUCAUUUUUAUUUUUUUGCUUCGUGUAUUUUUUUGUUGUCUUAAACUGAGACAAGAUGAAGACGCUGUUGAUGGUGUGUGUAGCCUGCACGCUGGUUGUUUUGUCCGUGUCGGGGACUGCGGAGCAAAAGUUGAAAAACUGCAACGAAGUCCGGGUCGCUUACAGCUCCAAAGGCUUCAACGUGAACGAUGUCCCAAACAAAGGAGUCAAUGGGGCUCCGUUGAAAGUGUGUCCGCAGGGUUUCUCCUGCUGCACGGUGGAGAUGGAGGAGAAGCUGAGCCAGCAAAGCCACACGGAGAUCAAAGCUCCUGUCUCGAGGCUUAGCACCAACCUACAAUCCACCUUCCGACAGAGGCACGACCACUUUGACAAGUUUUUCCGUGAGCUUCUGAAAAAUGCAGAGGUCUCGCUGCACAACAUGUUCGUGCGGACCUACGGGAUGAUGUACGUGCAGAACGCAGAACUGUUCAAGAACUUUUUCGAGGCCCUGACCCGGUACUAUGUGUCCGGAAGUGCUGCUGUCAACCUGGACUCCAUGCUGUCGGACUUCUGGGCCGACCUCCUGGAGAGGAUGUUCCGGCUGGUCAACGUGCAGUACGAGUUCAGCGACGCCUACAUGGAGUGCGUCAGCCGGCACACGGAGCAGCUGCAGCCCUUCGGCGAUGUGCCCCGCAAGCUCCGCAUCCAGCUGACGCGGUCCUUUGUGGCUGCUCGCACCUUCAUACGCGGCCUGACGCUCAUGCCGGAUGUGGUUAAUAAAGUUUCUACAGUCAGUGCAUCUCCCAGCUGUGUUCGAGCCGCCAUGAAGAUGUUGUACUGUCCCUACUGCUCAGGCCAAGUGGCCCUGAAACCCUGCCAGAACUACUGUCUGAAUGUGCUGCGUGGGUGUUUGGCCAAUCAGGCUGACUUGGACAUAGAGUGGAACAACUUCCUUGAUGCCAUGCUCAGUCUUGCUGAGAGGCUCGAAGGCCCCUUCAAUUUUGAGUCUGUGAUGGAUCCCAUUGACGUGAAGAUCUCGGAAGCCAUCAUGAACAUGCAGGAGAACAGCAUGCAAGUGUCGCAGAAGGUUUUCCAAGGAUGUGGGCAGCCGAAACCAAGCAUGGCUUUCCGUUCCACUCGUUCGGUCAAAGAAACAGGCUUUACCGGCCGCUUCCGCCCUUACAGUCCUGAUGCUAGACCCACUACUGCUGCUGGCACCAGUCUAGAUCGACUGACAAGUGAUGUGAAGAAAAAGUUGAAGCAUGCAAAGAAAUUUUGGUCCACAUUACCUGAGACCGUGUGUGCAGGAGAGAGGAUCGCACCCGGGGACGAGUGCUGGAAUGGAACGGCGAAAAGCAGGUACGAGUCAGUGGUCAUUGGCAAUGGGCUGGCCAAUCAGGUUUCAAACCCUGACGUGGAUGUGGACAUUACAAAGCCAGACAUUGUGAUUCGCAGUCAGAUCGCAGUACUGAAGGAAAUGACGAGCUGGCUCAAAGCUGCACACAGUGGCAAUGAUAUCUCCAUGGAAAGCGAUGAUGACGGCAGCGGAGGAGAAGAGGAGAGCGGCAGCGGUUGUGACUCUCCCUCCUGUGACACAGACGACAUCUACUUCUCAACUCCACCAAACCCCGGCAAUCCCCGGGUCAGACCGGUGGUGAAUAGUCCUUCAGCUGCAGCCUUCUCACAGGGGAGCGUGGCGCUGGCGCUCUGCGGGCUGGCCCUGGCCCUGCUGGCUCCUCACUUAAGAUAAAAACCAGCUCGGCAGGGAGAGAACGAGAAAGACCAGGAAUGACCGAGCAAAGGGGAAAACUGUCAGAGACUUUAAAAAGACUGCCUUCAGGACCUUGGACUGUCCGCCAUUGGGGGGGAAGACUCUUCAAAAUAUUACAUUAACUUCACCUUUAAUUAUUUGUUUGUAUGUUUUAAAGACGUCAGUGUACAUGGACUCUCUUCCUAAGACAUUCACCUUUUCCCCGUUCCCCAGAUAAACCUUUACUCCUUUUGGUUCUUUUGGUGCCAAACUAUGGUUCUGCUUGCAGCGUGACAAAAAUGAUAAUUGUCUCUUUCGGCAAUUCAAUGAAUAAUUCACAAUUGUACCUUCCUCAAUGAUCGCCGUCUGGUGAAUACAUAGUACGCUGAGUGUUCGGUGAAUCACUGAGUGCCUGUGAUUCAUAUUUCUGAGGACCUUCAUCAUGUUUUUAUGAAUGUUAACAAUUUAUAACAACCAUUGUUGCACAUUAUGAAAGUGCAUACUGUGAAUGUUUUUGUCUGUCCAUUCAUACUUGUGACACAUCAGCCAUUCAGAUAUUAUGAAGCUAGCUAUCUCAACCAAGAAACUGUCGAAGCUUUUGUUCCCUCCGCUUCGGAGAGACAUUUAAAUUUUCCCGCUCAUUCGAAGAAACGCAGUGUGAGACGUUGCAGCACAGGUGUUUAUGUUUGACCUCGGGAUGGAAUCCUCCUCUACAGGAGCUUUUCAUGUGCUCCCAAAACAUGCACAUUGUAUGUGUGCUUUGAGCAUUAGUACAACCUAAUUUUUCAUUUCCAUGUUUUAACCUUAUGUCCUCAGCUAAAACAUUUCAUAAUCAAGGUCAUACCUCAUGCAUGCGGUCAUUGCCGAUGCAAUCGAGUGGUGUUGAAAGUGUCUGAUCGAGUGGAGAGAUGUGGCUGGCAUCCUGGUGAAAGGUAACUGUUGUGGAAGAGGAAGGACUCCCUUGGCAUUACCCCUUAAAGAAGGCAAAGCGAACAAGUCCUGAACGCCCUUUUUGGUACUGUAAGCUCAGUUGAGCACAGAGGAUCUGGCUCCACACAGUCUUACUUGUUUUAUGGAAAGGUGUGCGGAGCGUUCGACAUGAAACUACAGAAGAGGAACAAAAGACGGGGCUUUGAUCAAAUGAAAUCAAGAAAAGAUGAUUUAAAUACAGGGUUUAUGUUGAAGAGGUGUUGUCAUGUUUAGCUAUUUUUGGUAUGAAGAUAUAUAUUAGGUACUACAGUGGAUUUUACAUUUAGUUUUAGGUGGUGGAUAUUGUGGGCACUUUUGGUCCGAAUUUUCCGAGGUUCAUUUUUUGCCCACAUCCCCCGUCACACUUGUACCUCGUGAAUGGCCCGUGUCAGUAUAAAUGACUCAUCCUGAACCAUCUGAUUCACCCAUCCUCAUCCUCGUGUUCGUAUUGUCUCAACUGGGGGUCAAAUGUUCAUUUUCACAAGUGCAACCAAAAUUCAUGUGAUGUAUGGUGCCUGAUCUUUGUGUAAAACCUUGGUACAUUACUAGCUUUUUCAUGAGGUCAAAAAAACAGUGUAGAUGUUGGUUUGUGUCUUUAUCUGCUACAAUUCCUUAAAGGGUGUGAGGAAUUGUUAAGAGCUGCAGAGCACAACAAAUGAUUUUUGUAAUCUUCUCAUUUGAUAGUCGGAAUUACCAUUACAUUACCGGGCGAGUUCUCGUCUGAUAGGAUGCUGCCUCAUGUAGUGUUUGUACAGUAACUUAUGCAUAUUUUAAUUUCAUUGCAAACAUGCUUUUGGAACUGAAAUAGCUUAUCAACAAUACAGUAUUCAAUGAACUCUUCCGUUUCUUAAAGUAAUGUGUCAAACUGAUGAGCUGUGGAGGCUUUGAAUAUGCAUUUUGUAAAGUACAGAAAAGUUGAAAUGUUAAAUAUGAGCACCAUCGGUUCGCCUCUUGUUUGGCCCUACAUGUUGACAGGUUGAUUGUAAGCUUACAAGAAAAUGUCUUCUAAAAAAUAAAAAGUGAUGUUCCCUCUUAGCACACGUGGAACACAUCAACAAAGGAAUCAAUCAUAAGAAUUUGAUAUUGAAGGAUUUGAUCAAACAUCAAAGCAGCCCUUAUAAAGUACUGAAGCCUUAACUUAAAAGAAUGACGCUGUGUUUCAGCAGCUUGAUUUGGCAUCGUUUGUGCAUUUCACAAGUUCACUUCCAAUAAUUUUUGUGUUCCACUAACAUUUCUACAAGGGCUUGUGCAUAUGUUUUUGUCAUGUGGAAGAGUUGUAUCCCGUGUGAAGACACCCGACGUUCUGACCGCCGUAGCAAACGUUUCGGGUGGUGAUGGUAAAAGUCUGUGCUUGCGGGCCAGGGCAGCAACACUUUCCGGCCGGCGGGAGUUUGUCCAGCUGCUGGAUGUUGUUCAUUUCAUCCAUUGUCUAACUGAAGUCAAGAGGCUUGAGAGUUCAGAUGGAUUUUUUGUUCAAACUUCCCUUAGCCUUUGGCCCAGAACAACAGAAAGGACUCAUAUUUUGAUGAGAGUGACUGAAAAGAUGAAAAAAAAAAAGUGUGUAAAUAAAGAGCAGCCGUUUUUAGAUGUCUCUAAAAGAGGCCGUAACAGUAAAGCAGAUUUUUACUUGUGAGAGUAUCUCCUAAAUGUUAUGGGAAAACAAGAUGAGAUAGAUGUUAAAAUGUAAGAGAAUAUGUAUAUUAAACAACAUUUCUUAGUCUUGUUGAAAUAAAGACUGCCAAUAUUUAAA